AUGGCCGCCCCCCAGCCCGUCGCAUCGCCUCCUCGACACGGUCGACGUUCCAGUCUAGGAGCCCGAUCCGAAAAAUCUCAUCAUUCCACCCCCUCCGCCAACAAACUUCAUCUGACCGAAUCUCACGAAGAUAAAGUCAAGCGCAAUCUACAUACCAAAGCCGAUCCCAUGCUGGCCAUGAAUGAGGCGCAACCGAUCGCGGUCGCUUUAGAAAAAUCGACCUUGGGUUCGUUGCGCGAAAUGCAGCACAAGGAUCAGUUUGGGAAUAUCAUUACUGAUCCGGAUCGAUCGAACCCGACCCGGCCCCGGCUGGAGCGCCCGCUGGACACGAUCCGCUCCUUCGAAGCCGCCAUUUAUGGCUCGUCCAGUAGUAGACCGGUGUCGUAUGCAAAGACGGGAGCCAAUGUAUACCGCUAUAGCGAGCAGAGUGCAUAUUAUAACGGCCGAGGACAAAGCUACUCGCGACCGGUCAGUUACGUCGAGAACUAUGGCAAUGGCAAUGGCAAUGGCAAUGGCCAGUCGUCCGAUCACUUUUACCCUUACAACCAAGGCGGCGGUCGAUCCCGUCGACCGCCCCCACGCGUGAACGCAGAACAAGUGUCUUAUGGGGGCAAUGGGCCGAACGGAUAUGUGCAGAAUGGGUACGGACGGUCGAACGAGAACAUGGCCACGCCCUCUGGUUCAGGCACAGGGCCAAAUACCGACCCAUGGGGCAACUCGACCGAUCCCAGUUCGGUCAACAGUUCCCUCGACCAAUUGCAGCAGCAACAACAACUGCAGCAGCAGCAGCAGAAAGUAUCGACGGUGGACUAUGGCUUUCAGUUCGGCCCCACACCGAACUUAGAUACCAAUCCUGUUGCGACCAGCGGGAGGAUCAACCUGGGCAGUACAGUCCCAGCCACCGAUCCCAGUGCCGGGGGCCCGGUGGGUGGGCCUGCAGCCGGUGCAGCACCCACGCGUCGCAAUCUGCGCAAAUCCGUCAACCACGCCUCCGAAACGAGCGACUCGAAGAGCGACACGAAGCGACGAAGCUGGUUCAAGCGACGAUUCUCCAAAGACUAA